AAUCCUGAAAUUUUGUUAGAAGUUUUCAGAUAUUUCGAACCAAGGGAACUUUUCCCUUGUGUUAUGACAUGUUGGACCUGGGCAAGAUACGCUGUUCCGUUAUUAUGGCGCGAUGCUUUUUACACGUUUACCGAACAAGAAUACGACGAACUCUUGGCCAUGAAUAUAAUCACGAUCUGA